AUGCCAGUGUGUAAAAGCUGUCACGGAACGGAAUUUGAGAGAGAUCUUUCCAAUGCUAAUAACGAUUUAGUUUGUAAGGCCUGUGGUGUUGUCUCAGAAGACAAUCCCAUCGUCUCUGAAGUUACAUUUGGUGAAACAAGCGCAGGGGCUGCUGUAGUACAAGGUUCUUUUAUCGGUGCAGGACAAAGUCAUGCUGCAUUUGGGGGUUCUAGUGCUCUGGAAUCUAGAGAAGCUACAUUGAACAACGCAAGAAGGAAAUUACGUGCCGUUUCUUAUGCAUUACAUAUCCCGGAAUAUAUCACAGACGCUGCCUUCCAAUGGUACAAGCUUGCAUUGGCCAAUAACUUUGUACAAGGUCGGAGGUCUCAAAAUGUUAUUGCCUCCUGUCUUUAUGUGGCAUGUAGAAAGGAAAAGACGCAUCACAUGCUGAUCGACUUCUCUUCAAGAUUGCAAGUGAGUGUGUAUUCUAUUGGAGCUACAUUUUUGAAAAUGGUAAAAAAGCUACAUAUUACAGAGUUACCAUUAGCGGAUCCUUCUUUAUUCAUUCAACAUUUUGCUGAAAAAUUGGAUCUUGCUGACAAGAAGAUUAAAGUGGUGAAGGAUGCGGUAAAACUAGCUCAAAGAAUGUCCAAAGACUGGAUGUUUGAAGGACGAAGGCCUGCAGGUAUUGCCGGCGCAUGUAUUUUACUAGCUUGCAGAAUGAAUAAUUUGAGAAGAACGCAUACAGAGAUCGUGGCAGUUUCACAUGUUGCCGAAGAAACUUUACAGCAACGGUUGAACGAAUUCAAAAACACAAAGGCUGCAAAACUUUCCGUUCAAAAAUUUAGGGAGAAUGAUGUGGAAGAUGGGGAGGCCAGGCCCCCCUCCUUUGUGAAAAACAGAAAGAAAGAAAGAAAGAUAAAGGAUUCUUUAGAUAAAGAAGAAAUGUUUCAAACCAGUGAAGAAGCGUUGAAUAAAAAUCCCAUCUUGACACAGGUGUUGGGAGAACAAGAGCUGUCUUCCAAAGAAGUGCUAUUUUACUUAAAACAAUUUUCGGAACGGAGAGCCCGAGUCGUCGACAGAAUUAAGGCCACUAAUGGCAUAGAUGGCGAAAAUAUAUACCACGAAGAUUCCGAUAGUGAUACGAGAAAACGCAAGCCCUCUGGAAUUAAUGCCCAGGACGAACGUGUAGAAGGAGAAGGGAACAAGCUGGAAAGGAGCAAACAAAAGAUUAAGAAGGUGAAGACGAAAGCAUUAGAAGAAGAGAAGGAUGUUGGGCAUUUCCAAGACGCUAUUGAUGGUUAUUCCCUAGAGACGGAUCCAUAUUGUCCUCGAAAUUUGCAUUUGUUACCCACAACGGAUGCAUACCUUUCAAAAGUUAGUGACGAUCCAGAUAAUUUAGAGGAUGUUGAUGAUGAGGAAUUAAACGCUCACUUAUUGAACGAGGAAGCUUCAAAGUUAAAGGAAAGGAUUUGGAUUGGCCUCAACGCAGAUUUUUUACUUGAACAGGAGAGUAAACGUUUGAAACAAGAGGCAGAUAUCGCCACUGGUAACACAUCAGUGAAAAAAAAACGCACGAGACGCAGGAAUACUAGAAAUAGCGAACCUACAAAAACCGUGGAUGCAGCAGCAGCUAUCGGAUUGAUGUCAGACUUACAAGACAAAUCAGGUUUGCACGCUGCUUUGAAAGCAGCUGAGGAAAACGGUGAUUUUACUACUGCUGAUAGCGUCAAGAAUAUGUUACAAAAGGCAAGUUUCUCUAAGAAGAUUAAUUACGACGCCAUUGACGGUUUGUUUAGGUGA